AUGGAAGAACUAUCAACUGUAGUAGACCAGGUCGAGAAGCUCACCAAGCUGGCGGCUCAGCCAUGUGCAAGUGUCGAAGUGUCGUACACGAGAGCACUACAACGCAUCAGAAGCCUCCGAGAUGAAGUCGUUCAUCUUGAGAGAGUUACCUACCUCGAGAAGUGCUGCGAGUGUGACGAGCUGGCCGAGGCGGUGAGGUCCCGCCAGAAGGAUCUCGAGGAGGCAUUUUCCCAAGCGAGGGAGAACCAAUUCAAUCUUUGGAAUACGAAUCCUAGCGAGGAAGCCCCGCUGGAGAAUACAGAGAAGUAG